AUGUUUCCGGCGGGUCGAACAGACUCGACUUGCAUGACUCCGGACAAGUUGCCGGCCAGAGCGAAUCUUUGUCGUGUACGCAAUUUCGUGAGUCUUCGAUUUGCAAUGGUCGAGCGGUGCAGAGGGAACUACCAAGUCUCAGAUCAAUUCUGUCAUUUCCAAAAUAAACAGUUUGAAAUUGAGAAGAAAUACGAGCAAACUAUCAGGACGAAAUACGCAGCAAAAGUGGAAGCACUAGACUUCAGCAAGGCAAAGGAAGCAGCCAAGGUCAUUGACGACUUCAUUAGUAACACGACUGAAGGGAAAAUACACGACAUGGUGACGGAAGGCACUGUUCAAGGUACUUUUUCAGAGAUGUUUGAUCAUUUA